GAUAAUGUGUGAUCUAGAGAAGGGGAAAUUCCCUAUUUCUCAAAAUAAGAAACGAAAUUUGUUUAUCACGAGGACAUUUUCGUGAAUGAAUCAACAACUUUUUCAUUAUCGUGGACUCCACAAUUGAAUAAAGUUGAAUAAAGUUGUUGAUUUAUUUACAAAAAUGAUGUUGAAUUUAACCAUCUACAAAGUUUUCCUCACCUGUAAUAUAUUCUUUCAAAUAAUGAGUAUAAUCGAGUAUACUUAUUACGAUAAAACUAACUCAUCAUGUAACAUAAAUAUAAUUGUUAGGUUUAUUUUCAAAAAACCACCCAAAAAUGUGUUGAAUUUCUAACUAACCACCCAAAAAAAAAUUUAUUUUAAAAUACCACCCAUUAAAUUAAUUUUUUGCUCAGAUUCCCACCCAAUUUGAAAAUCCGGUGGUUUUUUAACUUGUGGGGCCCAGUUCAGUUAUUUCCCUUUUUUGUUUUCCUUUUUCUCUCGACUUCACUGUCUUUCACUCUGUUUCUCAUUCAAUUCUCCCAACUAACCCUAUUCUACAAUCAAAUUUCACUCCUUUUUUCAGCGAAUUCCCCCUUUCUUCAUAAAUUGCUGUGCAUUGUUCAAUUCAGAACCCUAAAUUCGACAUUAAAACCCUAAUUGUACUUGCAACAGGAAUUAAUCUAGAGUAAUUGCUUGAAGUGGGGUUGUUUAAUUGCAAAAAAGUCGCCAUCUUUUGCUGUUUACUGGGGACCAGGAGCUUAGGUGAGGAACCUGACAAUAGCUCAGUGCAAUGGCGCCGAAAGAGUUUGACUUUGAAGUGGCAAUGGAAUCAAUUAAGUUUCUGUCUGAAGAAGCAUAUGAAUAUCUAGCUGAGAUCCCAGCUCUACACUGGUCCAGACAUGCAUUUAGUCCAUUCCCAAAGUCUAACAUGUUGCUCAACAAUGUAUGUGAGACUUUUAAUGCGGUCAUCAAAGAAGCAAGGGAUAAGCCAAUUUUGACUCAGAUGGAGUGGCUUAGGAGGUACAUGAUGAGAAGGAACCAUGAGAAAUGGGAGAGUUAUCAGGAAAUGGAAGGUAAGGUUGUUCCUUAUGUGAAGAAGACAUUUGAAAGGAUAGAACCUGCUGCUAGACAUUGCAUUGUGCAGAUUUCAAGGGGUGAUACUUAUGAGGUAGAGUUGAACUCAGACCUAGUGACAGUUGAUCUCAGCAAACAAACAUGCUCAUGCUACCACUGGGAGCUAACAGGCAUCCCAUGUGUGCAUGCAUAUGCAUGCAUCAUGGACAAGAGGGCUGACCCUGAAGAUUAUGUGGAUGAUGCAUAUCUUGUGUCCACUUAUAUGCUUGCACACAGGCACGAAGCGAAAGCUAUGCCUGGUCCACAUCACUGGGAGAAGGUGAAGCUGAGGCAACCUCUUCCACCAGCAGUAAAAAUUCAGCCUGGGAGGCCAAAGUCAAAAAAGAGAAAGUUGGAGAAAGGGGAAGUGGUUGGUGGUAACCAGCAAGAGCAGCAACAUUUGAAAAGGAGGAGCACUUGCAAGAACUGUGGGCAAUUGGGACACUAUGCUAAGACAUGCAAAAACCCACAUGUGGCUCAUGUUGCUGUCUCAUCCCCAAAAAAAGAAGGAGGAAGACCUGUUGUGCACAGUGAAUGGGUGAAUGACCAGAGGAAGAAGAAAGCAGAAAGAGCUUUGAAAGAGAGUGCCCUUGGUGGUACACUAGGACCCAACAAUAUUGCUAAUAGGAGGUUCCCUCAGGAAGAGCAGCAGAUGAAGCAGCACACUACUCAGCAGUCUCAAAGUCAGCAGACUCUGCAUCAAGAGCAGCCUCAGAGUCAGCAUCAGCAGAGUCAGCAACAACAGUAGACUGACCACCAUCAACUGAGCCAGCUCACUCAAGCAUCAGUAACAACAUCUCCCACUACCUCAGCCAGACCACCCAGAACCAAGAUGAAGCCUCUUAGACUUAGGAAGUAGGCUGUUAGCUCAGAGCAGCCUCUUAGAAUUAGGAAGUAGCUUAUGCUGACCCAUAUAUUUGAUUUUGCCAAAUGUAAUUUUAUGUGGCUGUAUUUUUAUAUGAGCUACAAGACAGUUUAAGUAUUAGUAUUUUGGACAUAAAUGGUUGGAUUGUUAAUUGAGUCCCUUAUGUUUUGAAUUUGACAAUAGCACUGAUAUAGUGCAUUAUUAGUUGAAA